ACUCCUCCACUUACUUACUUACAACCACUCUCCACCCCACUCCUUUUGAGCGAACUAGAUUUUGCUUAUUCUUGUUAAUAUCUGCCGGCGAUUUAUCACAUCGGUCGGUUUUGCAUUUACGAGCCGAUCCAAUCCAGUGCAUCCCGACGUUGCGCUGAAUCAACAAGAACCGGUCACCCCUCGUCGCGAAUAACCCCUCGACGAGAUCGGCACCGCGGUCUGCAAGUGAGGCCGCUCAACCGCCAUCAUGGCUGACCCAGGGGAGGAUUUUUCCUCCUUGCCCUUACCCGAUCGAUUCUCGCACAAGAACUGGAAAGUCCGCAAGGAGGGAUACGAAGAUGCCAAGCAACAAUUUGAGAAGUCGCCGGAUGAGUCCGACCCUGUUUUUGCGCCGUUCAUACAAGACCCGGGCUUGAUGAAGGGCGCUGUGGCGGAUUCGAAUGUCGCGGCUCAGCAGGAGGGGCUUGGGGCUUAUUGCUCGUUUUUGAAAUUUGCUGGUGUGCAGGCUUGUACUAGAACCCGCCAGUACACUGUCCCUGUUAUCGUCGAAAAAGGCCUUCCCCAGACGAGACCCGCGGCCAAGGCGAGUGCCACCGAAGCACUUCUCCUUCUGGUUGAACUGGAAAAGUCCGACCCCGUCAUCGAAGAAAUUCUACCGGCGCUGUCACACAAGGUACCCAAGGUCAUCGCUGCGACGCUGGCGGGACUGCGGGCGAUUUACCACAACUUUGGCUGCAAGAUCGUUGACCCCAAGCCGGUCUUGAAGGCUUUGCCCAAGGUCUUUGGCCAUGCCGACAAGAAUGUCCGCGCGGAAGCACAGGGUCUCACCGUUGAGCUGUACCGGUGGCUGCGAGAAGCCAUCAAGCCGCUCUUCUGGGGCGAUCUGAAACCGGUCCAGCAAGCAGAUCUGGAGAAACUGUUCGAAAAUGUGAAACAGGAACCGUCUCCUAAGCAGGAGCGACUGACCAAAGCGCAGCAGGAUGCGAUGGCGACCGCCAGCGCUGCUCCGGACGGGGGCGAGGCUGAAGACGGCGGAGAAGAAUACCCCGAGGAGGAAGAAGGAGAAAUCGACGCGUACGAUCUCGCGGAGCCCGUGGACGUCUUUUCCAAGAUCCCGAAUGAUUUCCAAGAGCGACUCGCGUCGUCCAAGUGGAAAGACCGGAAAGAGGCCCUAGAGGCCCUAUACGCCGCGCUGAACGUCCCCAGAAUCAAAGACGGCCCGUUCGACGAUCUCGUGCGGCCGCUGGCCAAGUGCAUGAAGGAUGCGAACAUCGCCGUCGUGACACUUGCUGCCAACUGCGUCGACCUCCUCGCCAAGGGGCUCAAGAACGGGUUCAUCAAGUAUCGAUCCACGAUCAUGUCGCCAAUCAUGGAGCGGCUGAAGGAGAAGAAACAGAGCGUGGCGGAUGCGUUGGGUCAGGCGCUGGAUGCGGUUUUCAUAUCGACGAGUUUGACGGACUGUCUGGAGGAGAUCCUGGAGUUCCUCAAGCACAAGAACCCCCAGGUGAAGCAGGAGACUCUGAAAUUCCUGAUCCGCUGUCUGCGCACGACGAGAGACGUGCCCGCCAAAGCCGAAGUCAAAUCCAUCGCCGACGCCGCCACGAAGCUCCUGACGGAUUCGAACGAGGUCAACCGUGCCGGAGGCGCCGAAGUGCUGGGCACAUUGAUGAAGAUUCUGGGCGAGCGCGCGAUGAACCCUUACCUCGAUGGCCUCGAUGAAAUCCGCAAGACGAAGAUCAAGGAGUUCUUCGAGACGGCACAGGUGAAGGCGAAGGAACGACCGAAGCCCAUCGCCCCCCCACCCAAGGCCGCCCCCAGCGCUGCUGGCAAGAGGGUCGUCGGUGGCAAGAAGCCGCUGGGCGGAACGAAGAAACCCGCCGCGGCGUCGGCUCCGCCCCCCGAAGAUCCCCCCGUGCUUUCGUCUCCCAAGCCCGCGACGCGAUCGAUCCCGUCCAAGCUCGCCGGUCCGCCCAAGGCCGGCGGUCUCCCGACCCCCGGGUCUAACCUCAAGAAGAAGCUGGGAGGUCCCGGAGGCAUUGCGUCUCCGCAGCGUCGGGUGGCAUCUCCCCCCACUGAAGACCAACCGCCCGCGCCUGCUGGUCCCAAGUUCGGCCUGGGACGGGGUCUUGCCGGGCGUCCGAUCACGAAGCCGGCCGCCGCGAGCGAACCGGCCCCGGCGCCAGCAGCACCACAAGUGAGCGGGAUGACCGCCGCGGAGCGAGCGGAGCUGGAAGAGCUGCGCGAGGAGAAGGAGCGCUUUACGCGGACAGUGGAAGAUCUCAAGUACGAGCGGACCAAAUUGAACUCGCAAGUCACGGAACUCCAAAACCAAAACGCGCAGCUCAUCGAAGACCACACGCGGGACGUCCUGGGCAUCAAAGCCAAGGAGACACAGCUAGUCCGAGCACGCAGCGAUGCCGAGACGGCCGAACAAUCCGUCCAGAAACAACAGCGGGAAAUCGAACGGCUCAAGCGCGAGCUCGCCCGGGCCCUCCGCGCCAGCGCCAUGAGCCCACCCACCGUCCUCUCCGACGGCACGAACAUGUCCACGCCAGACAUGGGCGCCAUGCCGCAGGACAACAACGGCCACGGGCCGAUGUCACGGACGAGCGCGCACAUGGGAUCCCGUUUCGACAGCACCCGGCCGCGGAGUUUCGCGUCGGCGAGUCCCAGCGAAGAGAAGGAGAACACGGGGCUGGAAUCCCCCGGCCUCGGCAGCAGAGACAGCGGCAUUGGCCGGCGGAAGUUCAGCCCGUCGUACGGGGCGGGCACCGGUGCCGGAUACUCGGGGCUGGGCAGCCCGACUCGCUCGGCGUUUGGCUCUGGCAGUGCUUCCGGCGAGGAGCAGCAGCCGCGCAGUGGAGAGCCUGCUGAGAAUUGGAAGCGGGCGGCUGAGGUGACGAGUCAGCUUAAGGCGCGGAUUGAACAGAUGAAGGCACGACAGGGUCUCUCUCGACCACCACCUUCUCAGCGUUAACAUAGCCUCUCCGUUUUAUUUCACACUUGGAGCUCUCAAUCCCCCCCCUUUCUCUUCCUCAUCCUCAGGAUAUCAUCCUAUCCUACCUACCUACCUACUUAUCACAUAUCACAUCAUAUCAUAUCACUACGACUAGCACUCCUACAGGUUAGCGGUGUGAUUUUUCCCCUUUUCUCUCCCUUUUUCGAUUUUAUUAUUAUCUCGUAGCAAGAAGAGCAGGCUGGCUAGUCCUACUCAUUGCUUAUCUUUAUUUCGUUCCUUGUUUUAUCUAUCUUAUUGUUUGGUUGUUUUUUUCACAGAUGGAGUUUGUUUUCUGUUCGUCUUACCUAUCAAUAUCCUGGGAAUCGAAUUUUAUUUAUGGGUUUUUACUAUCUCUCUUAUCUAUUGAUUUUGACCUAUAUUGAAAAGAGGAAAGGAAAGAAGUAGGAAGAAAUGAUUUAGAUAAUGGAUGGGCUCAUUUCCUGUAUGUAUGAAUAUAUAUAUAUCUAUAUUAGUAUUUAAACUGCCAUGCAUGUUUUA